AUGAAAUUAAUUUUAACAAUUUGCUUAUUAUUAAUAUUCAAUUUUUUAAUUGGUAUUAGUUUUGGAAACCAAAUCAAAUCAAAUCAAAUCAAAUCAAAUCAACCAUUGCAUCAAAUCAAAUCAACCAUUGCAUCAAAUCAAAUCAAAUCAAAUCAAAUCAAAUCAAAUCAAAUCAAAUCAAAUCAAAUCAAAUCAAUCUAA